CCCAUUUGCCCUCUCCUUGCAGAAGCACCUUAUCUGCUCCAGUGGGUGAGAUUCUAUAACACGAACACACAAAUCGCAAUCAGUUUCAGAGUUCAAAACCUGUUUGGUAAUAAAGGUUCAAGAACACAGACCGAAGAGUUAGAAGAAGAAGAAAAAGAAGAAAUGGCGCACUCUCUAUGCUUCUCUCCCACUUUCUCCUUCCAAUCUCCCUCAAAACCAGGAAGAAUAGUAAUCGACAAAUCGUUGGCCCGGAAGGUUGUUUUCGUCAGAGAAGUGUUGCAGAGCUCGAGAGCUUCGAAAACCCAAUCUUUUGUAGCUAAGGCAGCAAAUAGUAACCAAAGCACCAAGAUAAACAGCAUCGUCUGCGCAGAUUGUGAGGGUAACGGUGCGGUGGCUUGUACUCAAUGUAAAGGGAGUGGUGUGAAUUCCGUCGAUCACUUCAAUGGGCAGUUCAAAGCCGGAGGGAUAUGUUGGCUUUGCAGGGGUAAAAGGGAGAUAUUGUGCGGGAGCUGCAAUGGAGCCGGCUUCCUCGGAGGUUUCUUGAGCACAUUCGACGAAUAGAGGCUUCAAGAAAGCGGAUUUGGCCGUGUUUCCUCGGGUGUCUGUUGUUGUAGUUUUCUGUAUACAGUUUCUGUUAAAAGCUUGAUCUCUCUCUCUCUCUCGGGUUUCAGACUGAAUGAUCUUGUCAAUGGCUAUCAACAAGAAAUUCGAUCUCUGUUUCUAUC